AUGGAAAGACAUCCCAUUACCUGCCAUAUUCUCGACACAACCCGAGGCCGUCCUGCGGAAAACGUGCUGUGCCAGAUCUACCGAAUUGGCAACGUGUCUGGAGGACCCCAGCGGGCUACCUCUGAGACUGAGGCUCUGGGCAAGGCUCGAACCAACAAAGACGGGCGAGUGGCUCUGUGGACUCUCGAAAACUCUUUUCCCGAGUUCACCACUGCACCUCUUCCCGGAUUGUACAAGAUCCGUUUCGAGACUGAACAGUAUUUUGUUACUGCUGCCAACGGAGAUGUUGAGAAGACCAAAUCCUUUUUCCCUUUUGUUGAUGUGCAUUUCACCAUCCCCAGUCCCGCUGACGCUCACUACCACAUCCCUCUGCUGAUUUCCAACUACUCUUACUCUACUUACCGAGGUAGUUAG